AUCUUUUUCUUCUCAGCGUGCAUUCAUAGCUCCCGUCCCAGCCCUUUCCUGCUACCGCAGUCUCUCGUUAUCUCUUCGUUCUAGGGUUAGGGUUUAACCCGUGCUUAAUUCGCCUUGCUCUCCUCCGCCAUGGAUCCCUCCAAGAAGCGAAGAAUCGAAGAUAACGGCGUCUCCGUCCUCCCUGAACUGUCGGAUCCUUUGCCUUCCCUUACUCCAGAGGAAGGUCGUAAGAUGAUCGACAAUCUGUCGAAGGAGCAGCUCCUCGACAUCCUCCAGAGCGCCGUGAUGCGCCACCCCGACGUCCUCGCAGCUGUAAGAGCGGUCGCCGACGCCGACACCGCCCAGAGGAAGCUCUUUAUCCGCGGCCUCGGGUGGGAGACCACCACUGAAGGCCUCCGCUCGCUCUUCUCCGCCUAUGGGGAGAUCGAGGAGGCUGUUGUGAUCAUCGACAAGGGCACUGGGAAGAGUAAGGGCUACGGCUUUGUCACCUUCAAGCAUGUCGAUGGAGCUAUUCUUGCUCUGCGAGAGCCCAGCAAGAAAAUUGAUGGCCGCGUCACGGUCACGCAGCUGGCCGCUGCUGGGAACUCGGCCUCGCAUGCAAACGCUGCUGAUGUGGCCAACAGGAAGAUCUACGUUGCUAAUGUGCCGGCAGACAUGCCCUCCGACAAGCUGUUGUCCCAUUUUUCCUUGUAUGGUGAGAUUGAGGAGGGGCCCCUAGGGUUUGAUAAGCUGACUGGGAAGUCGAGGGGUUUCGCGCUGUUUGUGUACAAGACUGCCGAGGGAGCCCAGGCGGCUCUGGUGGACCCUGUGAAGAUGAUCGAUGGCAAGCAGUUGAGCUGUAAGAUGGCAAUUGAUGGAAAGAAGAAAUCGGGUGGGAAUGCACCCGGUGGCCCCACAGGUGGAUCUGUCGAUGGGCACUCAGAUGGGAUGGCUGGUCCAAAUUCGAUGCCUGGGUCUAUGGGUCAGUAUGGUCCUGGUGGAAUGGGGCCUUACAGUGGGUUUCCAGGCGGACUUCAUGGUCAGCCACCAUUAGGUCAUAUGAAUUCGUCAUCGCUAGGUGGACCUGGGUUGGGAGGGCAGCCCCCCUCCUCUCUAGGUGGAGGUGGCUAUGGCCCAUACAGUGGCUACGGGCCUGGUUCCACAGGCUAUGGCAACUUGGGAGGUGGCGGUCUUGGUGGGUCUGGGGGCAUGGGCGGUGUUGGUGGUGGUGGCGGCGGCUCCAUGUAUCGGCCAUCCGGUGGGUAUCCAGAGGGUGGCCACUACAACUUGCCUUCUUCAGGUGGAUAUCCCGGUCAGCACCACCAGCCGACUGGGACAUCUCCAGCCCCGCGGGGAAUGUAUCCAAAUGUGCCUCCUUACUACUGAGGUGUAUGUUCGCUUGUUGGCGCAGAUCCUUUAAUCAUUCUGGUGAUUGCGUGAAUGCCGAGUGUGAUGAAUGCAUUAGUGCUGUGCUUUAACCAGCAACUUGUUGACUUCUGCGCCUUUAUGAUGUGGAUCGUUCUAAGUGCUGUUAGUUAGGUCAAGUUCAGUGUAGUUGCAAUGGUUACAUUAGCAGCGUAUGUCUCUUCCCUGGACCUUCCUUUUGAUAUCGAUAUCAUUUACGAAUAUACAGAGGUGAUGGUUCUUUACUACUUUUGGUUUUGUUGUUCUUUUGGUGUUGAUCUCAUUUGUGAUAGUUAAUUGGGUCUUUCUUGUGUAUAUCAGGCCUGUGAGUUAUUUUGAUGAUAUUCAUAUUGAAAAUGUCUUGUGAUGGACUGUUCUCAUUCAAGUAGCCCCAUCUUGAUGAGCAAAGGGCAGAAAUAGUCCCUGCAUCCUGAUGGCUGUUGUGGAGGCCAAUUUUAUUUCUAAUGUCGUAUUUGGGACCAAACUGGUCCAUCUGCUUUGAUUUCUGGUUGCUAUGGUUACUGAGAUGUGUUCUGUAAGGUUGAAGACAGAAUGAUCUUCUUAGACAAUUGUCUUUUCAUGCCAGUUACCAUUCUUUUCUAUAAUUGAGUUGACCACCUCCAUCCCUAAAAAUAAAAAAAAAGUUAAUAUAUUAUCAAAGGUCAAUAGAAAAUAUAUACAACAAUUCUAAUAAUCAAGCAUGACAAUGUUUUCCAUGACUCACAGCGAGCUUCUUGCGCAAAGAGAAGUGUUACAUUGUUGCUUUCCACUCUUGUCCGUAAAAUUCUUUACAACCACUUUUGAAUCCGUUUUCAACUUCAAUAUUGGAAAUUGGCUUUUCAUCGAUUGUUCUAAAUAGGCACCUGGCCUCUUCUUUCUCCAUGUGUAUGCUAGAGUACAAGUUUACUUGUGGUUCAUUUUCUGGCUGGGCCGAUUUUUGCACAUGCCUUGUGGCCUUGGGGUAUUGAAGUGAAGAUGACUUCGUAUACUUGGUGUGCACGAGUACAGUUGGCUUUGGUUGCUCUGAUUCCUUAUCGGUGGAGAGACUGAAUAGCUUGUUUUAUGGCUUUUGAACUGUGAUCGUUUAUGGCGUCCCUUGCUAAAGUUCCUUGCAUGCUGUGUCGAGAAUUUGUCCCAUGAGUUGGGGCUGGAUUAAGUCAGUGGGGGGUACAUGGAUUGAUAUAUUUCUGAUUUAAAGCCAGCAAUUUUGACUCAAAUGAGGAGUCCAUCUUGAAUGGGGGGAGGAGAUGGAAACUCUGUUUUUGGGUGCUUGAAUUAGGAUAUGCACUGACACUGAAACAUUGUUAAGAGUAGGGUCACUUUUCUGGGCGAAAUUGUUUUGAGAGCAACCAUGUUUGACUGUUGAUUACAUAUGUGCCUCUUCUACUUCUUCCUGCAUUUUGGCCCGUUUUCUGGAUGAGCAUGAGACGGGAAAAGGAUGAUGCAUGCCUUGGAGUUACUCAAAGCCCUUCCAACCGGGUAAAGCCUUCUAAGCAGAGGCUCUUAAUCUCCCUCGUGCAAGAGGUGUCCUUGAUCACACUGUGGAAGUCUGCAAGAAUUUUCAAGCAAAAAAGCUGUACAGACUCCUGCGAUAUGUCUGGGUCCUUUUUUUUUUGGGUGUGUGUGUGGGAGGUCUAUUUACACUUCGAUUGUUGAAGAGAGGGUUUUUGUUAUCUUGGGGGUUCCUUUUGUAACAGGGCUUUGUUCAAAUUUUGGGAAGAAAUGAAAUAGUAUUGCUGUACA